AUGAGCAGGCUCACUGGAUCAGAUCUACACCUUACUUUUAGAAACUGGUCCACUUCGGGAUCAGAUGAUAGUGCCAACUCCGAGAGUGAUUUAGAGCCAGAUUUACAGGAUUUAGGAACUCAGAGGAAUUCAAUAAACUUAUCCACUGUUUCCGGGUUGAAUGGCCCAAAUAGUCUAUAUGAAGGUGCACCUGGAUUGAAUGCAGAAGCUAGGGCACCACCAAACUGGGGAUCUUCGUUGGUAUCCCAUAUAAACCCUAACACAAGGGAUAGAUAUUCUUUAAGGUCAACUGAGGGCGGUAUUAUUGGAGGUAUUCGCAGACGAGGAAGUAUCCAUGUCAAUCCAGAUUUAUCAGUGAGAACGCUUGAUUACAAUGAAGAUGAUGAAACCACAGAAGGUUUUAUGGAUAAUUGGGUUUACGGACACUCGUUUUUCCAAAGCCACGCAGAGCAUGAAGCACUUGCUAACCAUUCACGUUUGAUUCAUCAAAAUGGGCUAUCGGCUAUGAUGAAUAAUGUACUUAGGUGCAGAUCAGCGGGGGAGGACAAACAGGAUGCACAGCCUAAAAAGAGAAGUUACCUUCAAGCUUGUUUGGGAGGCACAAGUACACCAUCUCAAUAUAUAUCAAAAUCUAGCCUUAAGGAUAAAUUUCAGCCAUCGAUGUAUUUGCAAAAUGGGUCAUUCUUUUCGGUCUGUGACCUAAUAAAUGGGAAUAAAAUACAACUGAAAUUUGCCGAUGUCAAUUACCAAGAUCUAAAGGCUUCAGGAGUCAUACAAAUAGGAGAUGUUACUCUUUCAUUCAGCGGGGAAAUUGUGGAUUACCAGCAUAAUGAUCUUCGGCUAAACUGUGAGAAACAAUUCAUUGAUGGAAACAUAUUUAAUAAUCUCUUGAGAAACAGGUUGGUGUUCACCAAACGAUUUGACAGGCUAUUUGACGAAACACCAAGAAAGCAUUCAUCUGAGAAAAACUAUUUGCCUUUCAGUAUGAAUAGAUUAGGAUAUAUACUUUCAAAUUCAACCAGUUCGAAAAUCCAGAAUCUUAUUUCCUGUUCAACACGAAUCACACCGUCCAAGCCAAGAAAAUUUCCUAAUGGAUCAAUAUUUAGCCAAGUGCAAUCGUGGCAUGAUUCAAGUGUUGAUGUCUAUAAAUCGCUUUCCAGGUGGUUUGAAUUACCUCCGUUGAACCAAUAUAGCUCUACGCCUUCUCCCCCAACCCCUCCUCAUUCUUACUCUCAUCAUAGGUGUGUGAACACACCCGAAAAUUUGUUAACAUGCAUAGAUUGUCUGAAUUCUAUGAACUCGAAUUUUGUUUUCCUUAAAUUAGAAAUAGAUAUCCAGGAUUUGUUUGAACAAUCGCAUAGGGAGUUGGAGAACCUUUAUAUUUUACCGGAUGGUAUUUUCAAGAAGCGUAGAAAAUUUAAAAAGCUCUCAAAAAGAUAUAACUCCGAUAGGAACAGAGGUUCAACUAAGUAUUCAAAUAGCAGUAUGAAAAAUAGAACCACUUCUGCGUCAUAUGAGACACUCAAAAUUAAUGGAGAACAUACAAUAGCUGUCAAACACUCUCGAUUGGAGAAUAACAAAAUCAGCGCAAGACCAAAUAUACAGUACAAUGAAAAUUCACAAAUAUAUAGAAAAGAUCUACUUGAACACAAACAUCUGUGUGGAGUUAACGUAGAUUUUCUAAAUGAUUAUGACCUUUUUGGAGAUACAGAUGAGGAUUUGACUGAUACCAUGGAUUUCACCGACAAUGAAGACGUGUCAGAUAAUUAUAUGCCCUCACAUAAUGUUCCAGAUGAUACUUUGGCAGCAGUGUGGCCGUUGUCCACGGAAAGGUUAAUGGAGCAUCAUCCUUUAAUUGACCCUGAAAUUGCAAGUAACGAUGGUGAUGCCAGUGACGAAUAUGAUAACUCCUAUACACUGUCAUUUAACGGCAAUAGAUCUAGGCGAUUGUCUAGACUUUUAUUCAGCAUUGGACUGAACUCUGAUCGACCAUCAUAUCAAGAUCAUCCUGUUCCAGCUAGCCAACUAUAUAAGAAUGACGCAUCAAGGUUAAGCUUGAAAUUGAUAGCAACAAUUAAUAGAAGUACAGGUGAUUUAAAUAUAAUUCCGGCAAAUCUAGAUCCAAACUUAUGGACCACUAGUGAAGUUGAUGGUGAGCUAUUUGAUAACGUUGAGACUUUUGGAAAGGUGUUUAAUUUGUUCAUGAACUCCUCAAAGGAAUCAAUUUUUGAUACAGAAUCUACUAGAAACCUAAAAAACUGGUUGAUCAAUGAACGUUUCGAAGAAACAAAUUACGUUAAAACGUUACUGGCAUUACAGGUCCUCUCAAAUCCCGGGAUUGUACAUGCUUACAAGAAAAGGAAAAAUUUAUUUCUUAAAAAACUUUCAUCUUCAAAUAAAUAUCUUGCUUUAACUAUCCCCAAUACCCAACCCAAUAAAUUCAAAAAAUUCAAAGUAAAUAGUGAUAAAGUUGAGUUACCACACAAAAUAAUGCAUGACGAGCUAACUAACCUUGCGGGAGCGAUAUCGAAGUUUGAUGUUGAUAAUGAUAGAGUGUUGACAUUCAAGUCCGGGAAAAUACCAACUGGAUCAAACAUAAGUUCUUCAUUUUCAUUUGCAUACGAAUAA